UUGAACAUUACCUUGAACCCUAUACUGUUGAAAGAUACUCUAAUUGAAGAUGACAAUGUGCAAUUGACUCUUGGAAAAAGGAAAGUUACUUGCCAUAAAGAUUUCAAACUUUUUGCCACCACAAAACUGUUAAACCCGGUUUUCUCUCCGAAUAUAUUCAGCAAAAUGACAGUGAUACACUUUGUCUUAACCAUAGGUGGACUUGAAACCCAGCUUCUACAGACUGUGAUGGCCAAGGAAAGACCUGAUUUGGAAGAGAAAAAGCGAGCAGUGAAUGUAAAAAGAACUGAUGAUAAGAUAGCUCAAAGAGAAAUGGAAGAAGCCAUAUUAAACAUCUUGCAAACAACUGGUGGAAAUAUAAUUGAGAAUGAGGGCGCUAUUCAAUCACUUGAUGAAGCAAAGAAAAGUCUAGUGAAACUGGUGGCUAGCCAAAAACUUAGCAAGUCCACUGAUGAGUCGAUCAUGAAGAGUUAUUAUCUACUCUACUCGGAUGUUUCAAAGUAUGCUGCAAUGCUCUACAAUUGUUUGGCUCAACUGGUUCACAUUGAUCCUCUCUAUCAGUUUUCUCUUUCCUGGUUCAGCAAAAUCUAUGUGACAUCCAUUGAAGCCGUACAGAGAGCGGAAAAUUUGGAUGAUCGUUUGAGAGAUUUAAUGAGCCAUCUUACUCAUAGUUUAUAUGAGGGCGUUUGUUGUUGCCUGUUUGGAAAGGACUGUCUCAUAUUCUCAUUCAUUUUGUGCACCAGUAUACUCAUCUGGAAAAAUCAACUGGACAGGAAUGAAGUUAUGUUUCUCAUGAAACCAAUCUCCUGGAAGAACUCCAAUGGACAUGAAUUUGAUGUAACGAAUCCCCUAUCCGAUUGGCUACCUGAUGAAAUAUGGAAUUCGAUGAGAGUCUUGGACAACGUAGAAGCUUUCAAAGAUUUCAAAGAGCACUUCCUAGAGAAUUCAACUCUUUGGAGGCAGUAUUAUGAUGAUGAGAAUCCUUUUGAAAUCAAGUUGCCUGAUCCCUGGGAGAAAUUGAGUCACUUUCAAAAACUCAUCAUAUUGAGAAUUUUCAGAGCUGACAAAUUGGUUCCAGCAAUAAAAGUUUUUGUGGAAACACAUUUAGGAGAACAUUAUGUUGUUAGUCAGCAGUUUGAUUUGGAAAAAUCAUAUCAAGAGUCGAGUAACAUCACACCUUUGCUCUUCAUUCAAUGCGCUGGGGUUGACCCAAUGACAAAUUUGAUUCAAUUCGCUGAGAAAAUGCAGUACAAGAACAAGCUUCAAAUACUAUCUCUCGGACAAGGACAGGGAGAAUUGGCUUCGAAAACAGUUGAAAAAGCAAAAUUGGAAGGUUCAUGGGUUUGCUUACAAAACUGUCACCUAGGACUGGAUUGGUUGUCUCAACUUGAACAUAUUUGCGAGAAUUUGAAAUGUGACAUCCACUGUAAUUUUCGCUUGUGGCUGACAAGUGAACCAACAAAUAAGCUACCAAUAUCAGUGUUGCAGAGAGCAAUAAAAAUGACGUUUGAACCCCCAACAGGGUUGAAGCAGAAUAUGAUGUCAAUAUUCUGUUCGGAACCGGUGACUGAUGAUAACUUUUUCUAUGGUUGUCCCGGUAAAGAUAGACAAUUCACCAGAUUGCUAUUUGGCAUGUGUUUUUUCCAUGCAGUAAUUCUAGAAAGGAAGAAUUUUGGUCCUAUAGGGUGGAAUAUUCCUUACAGUUUCAAUGAGUCUGAUUAUAAAAUAUCAGUUCAACAAUUGCAGAUGUAUUUGAAUGACUCUAAAUCGGUACCUUAUGAAGCUAUAUUAUACCUGACUGGUGAAUGCAGCUAUGGCGGCCAGGUUUCUGAUGAUUGGGAUCAACGCACUUUAAACACUCUGCUUACGAAAUAUAUCAAUCCAAAUAUGAUAGAACCGGAAAAGUACAGAAUGCUUGCACAAUCUGAUUACAUCAUACCUAUAAAGUAUGAGUUCAGCUCCUACAUUGGUAUAGUGCAGGGUCUUCCUAAUAAUCCUCCAAAUGAUGUAUUUGGUCUCCAUUCGAAUGCUUCCAUUUCUCAAAAUCUCCAUAGUACAAAGUAUCUAUUGAAUGCUGUACUCUCUGUGCAGCCUGAGUUCAUUGCAAUUAAACAAGAAACUGAAAAAAUUGAUGAAAUGCACAUCUCUUCCAUCAUUUACGAUAUUUUGAGCAAGCUUCCUGGAACGUUUGAUAUCUGUUCAGUAACAAACAAACAGAAUCUUUGCAACAAAAAUGUCAUGAAUAUUGUCCUCAUUCAAGAAAUGCGAAGAUUCAAUACACUGCUGGAAACCAUUAGAUCAUCAAUUGAAGACUUAAGGAGUGCCAUAGAAGGGCUCAAUGUAUUUACUCCACAUCUUCAUACAUUAACAAAUUAUAUUUUAAACAAUCAUUUUCCAAGGACUUGGAUGGAUAUUUCCUAUCCUAGUCGAAAGAACCUAUCAAGUUACAUCUGCGAUCUUGUGAAAAGAGUAGAGGUUUUAAAGGAAUGGGAACGAAACGGAAUACCGAAUGAAUACUGGUUGUCUGGCUUCUACUUUCCUCAAUGUUUUUUGACAGCUGUUCUACAAAACCAUGCUCGGAAGAACUCAUUUUCAGUCGCUGAUCUGACAUUUGAUUUUGAAGUGAUGCAAACUGACUCACUACAAAUUUGCAAUCAAGGAGUGUAUGUUCAUGGCUUAUUUAUCGAAGGUGCUCGAUGGGAUAGAGCGAUACGGCGAUUAACAGAGCAAUUUCCCAAGGUUCUUUUUGACACGUUGCCUUUAACAUGGUUUAAACCCAUAUUGAAAGAUGAACUGGCAAUCAGAGAAAGGUACAGAUGUCCGAUUUAUAAGACAACUGAGAGGAGAGGAACCAUGUCAACUGCAGGUCACUCAACCAACUAUAUUCGUUCCUUGCUUCUUGAUACAGAUCAACCGUCUUCGCAUUGGAUCAAGCGUGGUUGUGCUCUCUUAUGCCAAAAAGAUAUGUAAUCGAUAACAAACUCUGAAAAAUUCAUUUUAUUGUCCCAUACACUCAACAUCAACAAAUGUUUAGUGAACCAGUGUUUACAGUAUGCUCUACUUAUAAAGAGUGUUUCUAGAAUAGACCAGA